AUGAGCCUGAGAUCCUACGGCAACAAAGCUCCAGAGUUUUUGAUUCUGGCACCUAGUGAACAGAAUCUACCUACAAAUGAGACUGAUACACAUUCACAGCGAUCUACUCUGGAUCACUCAAAUUCUGCCGAAAUAUCACAUAGUUGGCACACACAAGACUCAUUACUUCCGGGACAAGGAUUUGGACUUGGACUUGGACUUGGAAUUAAAUCAGGAUCAGGAUCGGGAUCAGGAUCAGGAUCUAAGUCAAGAAGCAGGAAUCCAUUUCGGGUCGAAGAGGAGGAAGAUGGCGCAGAAGCAAGCUCUAAUAGAUUCCAGUACGCGUCAUCAAUCAAAUCAGAGCCAAGGUCAAUUCUAAGCGAAAGCUCAAAUAUACGCUUAAAUGUUACAGCAAGUCAGGGAUCUUCCUCAUCGCCCACCUCUUUGCAAAGAGAUAGACUCGGUGGCAAUGCAUCUCCACUAAUAGACGAGUUCAUCGCUGAUGACGACUUGAAUGAUUUAAAAGAAGGGUUGAAGUAUGCCCUUGGAACAACUGAAAAAGAUGCCAAUUGGUUUCCCAUGUCAACACCCACAAUCUCGAAUUCCCAUAAUCCAUCGAAAGACCAUCUUGUUGGCGAUGAAGAAAACCAAGUAUCCACCAAUUACACCACAGACAUACCGCUACAAGAACUAAGUGUUUCGCGACCCCCAAAUUCACGGACAAUCAGCAAAAAAUCUGUUGUUCCAACCCCAUCACCGCUCAAAGAUGUACAUUCUUCAUAUAGCAAUGAAGAGUACCCAGAAAUUACACACUCAACACAAGAAGGAGGGUUUCUUCGACCGAAUAUACCACAGGAUCCAAUACCCAGUCCUACAGCAACCAAGUUCACCGAUGCUUUGACCAGAAUCUCCAAUCGUAUUGCUGGUGCAGGUGAUCGUUCCAGGACGGAGCCAGAUCCAGAUGCGUCGACGGCGAAUUCCAUAUAUAGUGCGAAUCUAUCGCGAAAGAGCCCAAUGCUUAAAACACCUAUUAAAGAACAAUUUUCAGCUUUUGAUGAUAUCGAAUUCAGUCCGUACAAGGACGGUAUUGAGAACGGUAUUGAAGAUGACGAUAACUACAACGCUAACCAUUAUAAAGGUGGAAAUAAGGGCAAGGGCAAGGGCAAGGGCAAUGGCAAGGGCAAUGGCAAGGGCAAUGGCAAAAGAAGCGGCAAAGAUAAAUUUCAGCUGCCAAAUAGGUACUCAAAUUCUAAUAUCAUUAAGGACGAACCCGACGAAUACAUCUACAAUGAAACGACGAGAUCAUAUGGUUUAGGGCUUCGCCAGAGUAGCUCUAACGACACCAUCACUCAAGUUCCUGCAGAUGAAAUAUACCAAAGUCAAUCCGCUGUAUCCGAGGCCAAAAAUGAAAAUAACAAGAGUUAUAUUCCACCACUGCAGCUCGGAAGGAAAAAGAAAAUUAGGCUCUUGUAUGGCAAUUCUUUGCGCCUAUUUUCUCCUCAAUCUCGGAUAAGAAGACUAUGCCACACAACUUUGCAAACUAGAUUCACGAGUAUUUUUCUAUUAGUUGUCCUCAUACUUCAAGUAAUUUUACUUAGUUAUCGUCAAUGGGAUCCAUAUCAUCUCAGCGGAUACUAUUAUGAAGGAUACGACUGGGCUGAUAUUCUAUUAAUUGUGAUCAAUGUGAUUUACACGGUAGAAGUAUUUGCACAAAUUAUUGCCUACGGUUUUAUCGAUGACCGUGUGGUUUACCGCGAAGUGGGGUUGCCGUACCCUAAGAGCAAAGUUGGUAGUUUAGAUAGCGUUAUCUUAUUUGUCAAACUUUGGUUUGCUCGUAUUCAUCGUGGGUCAAUUGGAAAUAAUGCUCGUGAUAGGCUCAAAAAAACCAGAUCGUCUACUUCCAAACGUGAUUUGAACUCACCUGGUACACUGACGGGCUCAAGCGAUGAUGACGAUGACGAUGAUGGUAACGACCAUAACGAUAAUAUUGGAUUGGUCAGAGACAAUAGAGGAGAAUUAAAUAGGAACAAUGGCAAAAAAAAUAUCGAUCCCAGCUCCGAGCGGUUACUUGACUCCGACACAACAGAUUUAAAGAGAAAAUACAAUUUUGACUCGUUUCAUGACACGAAAGAUGAAUCGUUUUUCAACAAGGAAGAAUUAUCUGAAAAUGAUCCCAAAAGGGACUUUCGACUUUUAUCCACCAAUACAUUUUACAAGCCAGAUGCAGAACAUAUUGACGCAUCACAACUCAAGAGAGCAUAUCUCAGAAGUAGCUGGCACCGCAUUGACUUUUUGUCCAUGGUAUUUUUUUGGAUAUCUCUACUUUUAUCUAUUAAUCGAUACGACGCCAAACAUCAUAUUACAUUAUUCCGAUCCUUGAGCUGUUUAAGGAUUUUGCGUUUAUGUAACCUUACAGCGGGAACAACUACCAUACUUGCGGCGUGUAAAUCUGCUAUUCCGCAACUCAUAGAUGUGGCGAUAUUUAUUGCGUGUUUUUGGCUAUUCUUUGGAAUAAUUGGAGUACAGUCUUUUAAAUCUUCAUUGACCAGACACUGUGUGUGGACUAACCCUGAUGAUCCAUCAGACAUAUUUACAAAUUCAGACCUGUACUGUGGUUCGUUUAUUGGUUUGGACGGCGAGAAAAAAUCUUACAUUACGCGUGAAGGUACUUCUUCUGGAGUGGUGAAAGGGUUUCGAUGUCCCAAAUAUUCAAAAUGUAUAUCUGGUGAUAAUCCGUAUGGUGGAACCGUAAGUUUCGAUAACAUUUUGCAAUCACUUGAAAUGGUCUUUGUUGUGAUGAGUGCAAACACUUUUACCGAUAUAAUGUAUUACACAAUGGAUACAGAUAACAUGGCAGCAUGUUUGUUUUUCAUUGGGUGCAUCUUUGUUAUGACUGUUUGGCUAUUGAAUAUCUUUACUGCUGUUAUUGUUGCUUCUUUUAAUGUGACUAGGUUGGAAGAAGCCGAGGAAAGGAAUAGGAAGGCCAAUGAAAGAUGGAUUUACAAGUAUUUGGGCCUUUCGGGUAAAGAUGUUGCUUCUGUAAGAUUACAGUUGAACCAACUUAAGCACGAGAAACAAUGGUUACGCUUCUACUACAAGUUUGAGUUCCUAUUCAUUGCAUGCAUUGCUGUGAAUAUGUUUGUGCAAUGCUUCAGAUCAUACGACAUGUCAGAGGAUACGCGAUUCAUUUUGUCGCGAUUCGAAGUUGCAUUCACUAUCGUUUUUAUGGCCGAGAUUAUUGUUCGAUUUCUUGUGUACCUUCCUCAUUGGAAACUUUUUUUUGCCUUUAAGAGAAAUUGGGUUGAUCUUAUAUUGGCAUUGGGCUCAGUAAUCAUUGCGAUUGGUCCAGUAAAAAGAAAACUUGGCCAUGCUUAUUUUUGGCUAACUGUUUUCCAGAUCUUGAGAUUUUAUAGAGUAGUUUUGGCAACACCAUUUACCAGAACAUUGUGGCUCAAGAUGGCUAAGAACAUUCGAGCAAUUUUUGAUUUGGCAUUGUUUUACUUUAUUCUAUUGUUUCUUGUGAGUAUAAUUUUGGCAAGAUACUUUGAGGGUACAAUCCCACCGGAUGAGUUUGAUAAUGUUGAUUUUCCAAUGAAUACGCUUCCCGCAGUUUUUAUAGCGUUGUAUGUUAUCACAUCAACAGAGAAUUGGACAGAUGUAAUGUACUCGUUGCAAGAGUAUGCCACUACAACAUCAUCACGGUCUUUUGGGUCAAUUUUUUUGAUUGCAUGGUUUAUGUUAUCAAAUAUGAUUAUCCUCAAUAUUUUCAUUGCUGUUAUUGCAAACACGUUGGAGGUUUCAGAGGAAAUCAAGAGAAAACACCAGCUCAUACAGUUUAUCGAAGUGAUGACUAGUAAGCUUCAAAACAUCGAGCAGGACUCGGGGCUUUUGAAAAAAAUCAAGGCUAAGAUAUUUAAGCGAAGAGAGCAAAAGGACGAGAUGGAAAAGGCAGUGGUGAAUAUGCUUUUGAGCGGAACUGCAGUUCUGGAGUUUUUGAACAAAGAGCAAGAUCUAAACGUUGGUGUAGGUGAGACCGACGAGGAAAGCUUUCUUGAAAUUUUACCUUCCAAAAGAUGGCAGAGAUGGGUCAAGGUCCAUUUUUCACGAUUUGCAAAGCUUUUGUCUAAUCCUUUUCAUACAGAAGUAUCAAACAAUCGAAAGAAUUUUUCAGUUGAGAAUUUCGAGCCUGCUGAUUUUGCCAGAAACAUUAUGAAGGAGAGAAACAACCUUAUUAAUAAAAGGAAUGAAUUCUUGCAGGCUAAUCCUAGGUACAACUACGUCUUUUAUGUAAUGGGACCUCGACAUAAAUUUCGUCGGUUGUGCCAACGUAUGGUGAAACCAAGUUACGGAGAGAGAAUUGGUGGCGUUCCACCAUACCGCCCAUUAUCCGAAUCCCUCAUUGUGGUGAUGUUUCUUGCCACAAUUGGUUUAGUAAUAUUGGCGUGUUAUAUGACGCCAAUUUUUCGAAUGAACAAUGCAAACGCGAAAUGGAUGUUUUGGUCAGAAUUUGCAUUUGCCUUGGUAUUCACCUUGGAGUUUAUUAUAAAGAUUGUUGCAGACGGAAUUUUAUUCACACCAAAUGCAUAUUUCAGAUCAUCAUGGAAUCAUAUUGAUUUCGUGGUGUUGGUAUCAUUAUGGAUUGAAGCAAUUGCGUAUUUGAAAAAUGAUGGUGAUCUUUCCAGAAUUGUUCGAGGUUUAAAAGCCUUGAGGGCUUUAAGGCUUUUGACGAUUAGUGAAACAGCAAAGUCUAAUUUCCACAACACAAUGAUUGCCGGUUUUGGAAAAAUUCUUAGUGCAGCAAUUAUGUCGCUUAGUUUGCUUUUCCCGUUCUCAAUUUGGGGGUUGAAUAUUUUCAACGGUAGACUUGGAUAUUGUUUGGAUGGAGAGUCAGAUCUUCUGUCAUGUUUCAAUGAAUUCUCAAAUGAAGUGUUUAAUUGGGAGAUUGUGAGCCCCAACGUUUAUACCAAUCCGCAAUUGGAGUUCAAUAAAUUUAGUUCAGCAUUUGCUACACUUUUUGAAAUUGUUUCGCUUGAAGGAUGGACAGAUCUUUUGCAAAAUUUGAUGAAUAGCACUGGAAUAGGAACCGUUCCUGAAACGAAUGCAAAUCCAAUAAAUGGGGUGUUUAUUGUUUUUUUUAAUUUCAUCAGUACCGUGUUUAUACUUACUUUAUUUGUUUCUGUGAUCAUUAGCAAUUACUCAAGGACCACGGGACGUGCGUACAUGACAAAAGAUCAGAUCUCAUGGUAUCAGGUUAAGAAUAUAUUGGUUCAGGUGAGACCGUCAAAGAGGAAAGAUUAUGAGAGUUUAUCCGUAGUGAGGAAAUUUUGUUAUAGAAUGACAAUUGAACGUCACAAAGGAUGGUAUAUUACAUUGAAUUGUACCUUAUUUGCCCACACGUUGGCAUUGUUGUUGGAAUGUUUUCCCUCAGGCGACGGCUUAAACGUUCUUCGAAUUAUUAUAUACACCGUUGCUUCUGCCUUGUUUUUAAUCAAUGCGGUUAUGUUGGCGAUUGCUCAAGGACCCAAAACCUUCUGCCAUUAUAGAUGGAACAUAUUCAAUCUUUUUGUUUCGUUUGGUGCAUUUAUUACGACAUUAGUUGCAUUUAGUAUCGAACAAGAAUCACCUUUUCAAAAUGUCAACAAAUUAUUUUUGGUUGGUAUUUUGCUUUUCGUUAUUCCUAGAAACAAUCGAUUGAGUCAGCUAUUGAGAUUUGCCUCGGCUUCGUUGCCUUCAAUUUUGUCAUUGUCUUUUACAUGGAUUAUUGUGUUUUUGGUAUUUGCCAUUGCAAUGAACCAAAUCUUUGGUUUGACUAGAAUAGGACCUAACGGGACUGGUAAUCUCAAUUUACGGUCAGUUCCAAAGACAUUGAUUGUGUUAUUCAGGUGUAGUUUUGGUGAAGGGUGGAAUUACAUCAUGGAGGAUUAUACUUUGUCGCCACCUUUUUGCACCAAUGAAAAAAACCUUGAUCACAGUGAUUGUGGAAGUAAACAAUACGCAUACAUCUUGUUUAUUGCCUGGAAUAUUAUUUCGAUGUACAUUUUCCUAAAUAUGUUUAUUUCAUUAAUUUUGGAUGGAUUUGAUUAUGUUAAUCAAAAGACGAGGUAUGGUGACUUGAUCAAAAGAGAAGAGAUUCGAAAGUUUAAAAGAACAUGGCAAAAAUUUGAUCCCCAGGGCACUGGUUAUAUAAAACCCAUUGAGUUGCCACAGUUGCUUCAUGCUUUACAUGGCGCAUUAUCGUUUCAUUUCUACACUGGUCAGCUUGAAAUCAAGGAGCUUUGUCAAAUGUGGAUCCAUAGAAAUGAUCCCAAGAACCCAUAUGACGUAACCGUUGAUUUCGAUGCCAUUGAGCAAACCGUGAAUCAAAUGGAUAUACCUAAGAUUAGAGCUAGGAGAAAGGCAUAUGAGAUGUUUAUGGAAGAAGCAUUCUUGACUAUGGAAUUGAAUGAUGAUCCGGGUAUAUCAUUUACGAGGAUAUUACUCCAGCUCCCACUUUAUACUACAUUUGACACAGGCAAAUGUUUCAAUUUGAUUGAUUAUUUGGAAAGAAGAUUAUUAGUGAGCAAAGUACAAAAGAAGUUGCAUACUAAACGAGUAUACGAAACUAUUGCUGCAUAUGCAUGCAGAUGGAAGUAUCAAAAGGAUAAGAGAUUGGGAAUUAAGGAUGACAAUCUUGCUUUUGACAAGCGCUUGAAGCGUUCAAGUUAUUUGAUGAAUAAAGAUCUAUGGCUAAACACAGAUCAUCCGCCAACAAUAUUUGUUAGUGACGAACAUGAGCACGAAAAUGGAUAUGAAAGCAAGUAUGAGCAAGGACCUGAGCAUGAUCGUUUUAAAAAUAUGACAGAAGGAUAUGCCAGGGACAAUAUCGAUAAUGAUAUCGAUAGCAUCAAUUAUGACAUAGAUAAUCCUAGUCAUGCACCAGUGAAUCGAAGCUCACUUAUAUAUGGAGACCAGAGUUUUUCUAGUGGUAUUUACUAUCCUAGCUCACCAGUGGCAAAAUCUUCAAAGAGUCCGCAAGUUCCUCAAAAUUCAUCAUCCUCAUCGACGCGUAAGGAUUUGUUCAUCACCAUUCCCAACAGCAGUAAAAAUAUGGCUGCGGUCUUAAAUACAGAGUCAGAGGCAAACAAGGAUGUAUAUGAAUAUAAAGGUGAAAGCGAGAAGAAGCAAAAGCAGAAGCAGAAUCAAAAGAAUCAAAAGAAUAAAAAGAAUAAAAAGAGAUUUGUGAACAACGCAACGGGAGAAGAUGUUGAGGAAGAGGAGGAUAAUUUUGCAGAACUUGGUAUCAAUAGGCGUCAGCCGCAAUUGGUUAAUCCAUUUGAAAGUCAAGAGGAAGAAGAGGUUGUUACAGAUACAUUUGGAGGUGAAAUUAAUACCGUUGACGAUAUUUUGGAAACAUCGUCAUGGACAGACCUUCGAAAUAUAUCCAAGACUUCAGAGAGAUAG